ACAAAGUUUAGUGAAUGCAUUUUGCCAAAGUCGCACCUGAAAGUAGACAUUUGUACUCGUAAUUUGACAAAAGGAGAGGGGUGUGAUUUUUCGGCUCACUCGCUGGUUCAAGGGGUUUGUUGUGUUCUCAUGUUGCUAUGUUGCGUGCCUUUGCAGCCUGCUCAACCAGUUCCAGUUGGUCUUUCGCACAACAUGGUGGACAAGUGGGAGAUCCCAAAGUCCUCCGUGGUCCUCAAGGAGCGCAUCGGUAAGGGUCAGUUCGGUGAGGUGUACAGGGCAGUCUGGAAUGGCACGACCUUGGUCGCUGUCAAAACUCUACGUGCAAGUGAGUAUCUGUGCAACGUUAGCGACUUCCUGAUGGAGGCCCACACCAUGAAGAGGCUGCACCACCCCCACUUGAUCCAACUCUACGCCGUGUGCACCCAGUCGGCGCCCUUCUAUCUCAUCACAGAGCUCAUGUCCAAAGGCUCUCUCCUCAACUUCCUCCAGUCCGCAGAGGGGCGCUCUUUGAACAUCUGCAGUCUGGUCCUCAUUGCAGUGCAGGUCGCGUCAGGAAUGGCCUACCUGGAAUCCCAACAGUUCGUCCAUCGCGACUUGGCCGCGCGUAACUGUCUCGUCGGUGCUGGAAAUGUGGUAAAGAUAGGCGACUUUGGAUUGGCUCGAAUGAUUCAUGUACAGUACGUGGCUCAUGCAGGUGCCCGUUUUCCCAUUAAGUGGACUGCUCCCGAGGCAGCGAAUUAUUCUCGUUUUACAACGGCCUCGGAUGUGUGGUCUUUCGGUAUUCUGCUAACCGAGAUUGUGACCUACGGCCGGGUCCCCUAUCCCGGAAUGCACAAUGCUGAGGUGCUUCGUCAAGUUGAGGCGGGAUACCGAAUGCCCUCUCCACCAGGCUGUCCUGCGGAGCUCUACGACCUGAUGCUCGAGUGCUGGUCAGCAGAUGAGACCGCGCGACCCUCCUUCCUGCAGUCGCUUUCAUCGAAGAGGUUGCAGACUCAAGCAACUUGA